AUGACCUCAGAGCCCCUGACGGAAGUAGGUAAAUCCGAGUCUCUCCCCAUUCCCACCUCAUCCUCCACGCCAUUCAUCGGAGCUCCAUACAUCAUGGCAACUAAAAAGAUUGAGCAAUGGGAGAUUGAGCGAUAUUGGGAGAUCUUUGCCUCACUAUCAAAUGGCCAAAAACACCUCAACAGCUCCCAGGCCGCCUCCGUGCUGAGAAACAGCCGGCUGCGCGAUGACCAGCUCGAGAAGGUCUGGGACAUUGCCGAUGUCGACGGAGAUGGGGAGCUGGAUUUCGAGGAGUUCUGUGUUGCGAUGCGCCUAGUCUUCGACCUGGUCAACGGCGAACUACAGGAGGUCCCAAAUGUUCUGCCAGAUUGGCUAGUCCCAGAGUCCAAAUCACAUCUCGUCCAUGCGACCCGCGCACUAAGCGGUGGACAAGAGCGGUUCGAGCGGAUAGAAGACGAGGACGACUCGCUCAGUCUGAAGGACGGCUUUGAUUGGUAUAUGAAGCCCGACGACAAGAACAAGUACACCGAGAUAUACGACGCCAACCGGAACGCUCGCGGGCAAGUAGAAUUCCAACAAUUACAACCACUCUACGAAUCGCUCGACGUCCCCGACACCGAUAUCCGCUCGGCCUGGAACCUUGUCAACCCCUCCGCAUCACCCGCAAUCAACAAAGAUGCAACACUCGCCUUCCUGCACAUCCUGAACUUCCGCCACGAGGGUUUCCGCAUCCCACGCACCAUCCCCGCAUCGCUGCGGGCCUCAUUCGAGCACAACCAGAUCGACUACCAAGUCGACAAGGCCCGACCCGCACAGCGCUACGGCGUAGAUGGCGAUACGGAAACACGGACAGGUCGCAAAGCCAAGUUCGGCGAUACCUACCUCGGCCGUCUGGGCGUUGGUGGCAAGGGCUCGUAUCAGCCUAAGGGGACGGAUUUCAGCGACACGAUCCAGGAUGAGGAGUGGGAGAAGGUGCGGCUGCGCCGCGAGCUCGCGGAGUUGGAGAAGAAGCUGAGUUCCGCCAAAAAGGCCUCCGACUCUAGGCGGGAUGGGCCGCGCAAUGAUGGCCGGCCCAACUGGGUUCUGAUUAAGAAGGAGGCCCUCUCACUCUUGGAGUAUAAGGAGCGGGAGCUACGUGAAUUGCGUGAAGGUACUGGCCGUGCUAAGGACGGUCAGGAUUUGGAGCGACUUCGGGAGGAUGUCAAGGCUGUUGGGGAGCAGGUGGAAGGGCUGAAGAGCCAUAUGGCCCAACGGCAUGAUGUCCUUUCGGACCUUCGCAGCCAAAUUGAGGACGAGAAAGCUCGGCGGUGA